AUACACAGCCCACUCAGUCGUCGCACAGCUCGGCCGGGGUAAGUCAUGGCCGCGGAAGGGCAAUGCUUCUGGAUCGGUUGCACGAGCGACAGCAGAAUAGUGGUAUCGUGCAGGAACAACCGUGCCAAAAAACAACCGUUGUUGGCCGCGCACGGUUCGUGCAAAUGAUAAUGGACCGGUCUGAGCCGCAGGGGUCGAAAGAUGCGACGGCAGAAGUUACCGCUCAGCUGCAAACAGCUUCGCUUAAGCAAAACGAUCCGCCCGGAAAACCGGAACCGAAGCCUACUCCGUCGGCGGUGGAGCUUCCGAAGGACCUGCCAACGGAACCGGUCGUACGCACUGGCACGACCGGAACCUCGACGAAGCUGUUGUGCAACUUCAUGGAACUGCGUUGCGAACCGAACCGCGGCAUGUUCCUGUACACGGUCGACUUCGAUCCGGUGCUUGAAUCGAAGAAGGAGCGCUACAAAUGUCUGGAGGAAAAUGUACAUAUCUUCGGCAAGACACACACCUUCGACGGAACGAUGCUAUUGAUGCCGCAGGCACUCCCGCAGAAGCUCAUCGUGAUCGACAUGAAGCGCCCACUGGAGGGUUCGCCCGUGCGACUGACGGUUACGUUCCGCGCACAAAAGCGAAUGAGCGAUAACGUCAUGUUCUACAACAAGCUGUUCCGGCGCAUCAUGGGCAUCCUGCAGCUGACCGAGAUCGGUCGGAAGAACUUUGACCCGACGCAGGCACGCAUCGUGCCGCAGCACAAGCUCGAGGUGUGGCCAGGCUACGUGACGGCAGUGAACGAGUUCGAGGGCGGGCUGAUGUUAAACCUCGACAUUACGCACCGUGUGCUGAUGCAAACCACCGUUUACGAUCACAUUAAGAUGACCGCACUUGCCUCCCCGAAUCAGUUCCGUGAGAACUUACUCAAAUCAUUGCUCGGCGUGGUGGUAUUUACGCGGUACAACAAGAAAACCUACCGAAUCGACGAUGUUUGCUUUGACACGAACCCGCUGUCGACGUUUAAGUACGGCGAUCGUGAGAUAACCUACAUCGAGUACUACAAACGGCAGUAUGGAAUCGAUAUUGUGGAUCACAAGCAGCCGCUUCUGCUGCACAGAACCGAGCGUCGUGUCGCUGGCAAAGAGCAACCGGAACAGAUGCUCGUUUGCCUGGUGCCGGAAAUUUGUUACCUGACAGGAUUGACGGAUGAGAUGCGCAGCGACUUUAAGGUCAUGCGGGACAUUGCGACGUACACACGCGUCACGCCCAACCAGCGAAUGGCUUCGAUGGAGCAGUUCUGCAAGAACGUCAACUCGAACGAAAAGGCCCGCACACUGCUUGCCUCCUGGGGGCUCGAACUGAAGACGCAGAUACGCCCCGUGGUCGGUCGCACGCUCCCGACCGAAACCAUCCGCUUCGGCAAUGACGCGACCACCAACGCGGGCCAGAUGGCCGAUUUCAAUACGCAGAUCACCAACAACCACAUGCUCAAGGUGGUCAACAUCAGCAACUGGAUGUUGGUGCACACGAGCCGGGACACCCGGGUCGCGACCUCGUUCAUGGACUGCGUGAAUCGAAACUGUCGGCUAGUCGGCAUCAGCAUUAGCGCCCCGCAGCGGGAGGUGAUCCAGCAGGACUCGACGCAGCAGUACGUACAGCUGUUGCGUUCGCGCGUCCGCCCGGAAACGCAGAUCGUGGUGAUCAUCUUUCCGACUGCGCGCGAAGAUCGAUACGCUGCCGUGAAGCGCUUGUGCUGCUCGGAGCUACCAGUGCCGUCGCAGGUGAUCAAUGCGCGCACCCUCAUGAACGACAAGAAGGUCCGCUCGAUCGUGCUCAAGAUUAUCCUGCAGAUGAACUGUAAGCUCGGCGGUUCGCUGUGGGGCGUCAACAUUCCGCUGAGCGACACAAUGAUCUGCGGCAUCGACACGUACCACGAGGCGAAGCGCCAGAACGCGUCGGUGGCCGCGUUCGUCGGCUCGCUCAAUCCCGACUUCACGCAGUGGUACUCGCGCGCCACCAUCCAGUCCUGCAAGGAGGAGUUCAUGAACGGGCUGUGCGCAUCGUUCGAGAAGACGCUGAACGCGUACCGGGGGCGCAACUGCAGCCUGCCGCAGCGUGUGAUCAUCUUCCGCGACGGCGUGUCCGACUCGCAGAUACGGAUGUGCGAGGAGUACGAGCUGCCGCAGCUGUUAUCCGCCUGCGAGAUGGUCAAACCCGGCUACCAGCCGAAGAUAACGUUCAUCAUCGUGCAGAAACGGAUCAUCACGCGUUUGUUCAGCAUGAACGGGGCGGACGGGAUCGGAAACCCGCCGCCCGGUACGGUGCUGGAUCACACGGUCACACGCCGCUAUCUGUUUGACUUUUUCCUCGUGUCCCAGUCCGUCCGGCAGGGUACGGUUUCGCCGACCCACUUCGUGGUUCUGCGCGACGAUUCAGCGUUCUCCCCGGAUAUUCUCCAGCGGCUGGCGUACAAAAUGUGCUAUAUGUACUACAACUGGCCCGGUACCGUUCGCGUACCGGCCUGCUGUCAGUACGCACAUAAAUUGGCAUAUCUCGUGGGUCAAUCGGUCAAACGGCAGCCAUCCGAAACGCUGUGCGACAAACUGUUUUAUCUCUAAUUUCAAUCACAAUACUUCUUUCUUCCAUCCCAUAUUUCUAAGGUUCGCAAUUGUUUUUUUUUUUUCAUUUUUCAACUCGAUUCAUUUUGAUUUAUAAGAAACAAACACUCAGAAGAGCAAGAAAUCAAACAACUAACAAUAACGAACAUUAGUUCGUUCAAGUGGAAGAAGAGAAGUGGGGCUUACUGUACACAUAACUUCUCUCGGUUGCGAGAUACAGUCUAUGUUGACGUUAUACAUUCCCCCGGCAAUACUAAUAAUUCUAUUGACAUUAACAUUUCAUUUAUCAUAAACAUUUUUUUUCGUUUUUUUUUCUCUGCCACUCUUUCAAAAUGUACGACCCAGAAUUUGAUGGGAAAUCACUUCUUUGGUUAUCGAAAACAACAAGAAUAUCCAUAUAAACAAUAUAACCCUUUUAAAUGGGGCCUUAUGUGAACAGAAGACUGAAUUUAACUUCUGUUUAUUUUGCUUAUCAAAGAUUUAUUUUAUUUUUUCUAAAUUAAAAAAAAAUCAGCUUUUAUGAAACUCCCUUUUUUAUGAACGGAUGAAUUGAUCGGUUGAAUUAUGUUGUUUCGGUGACUUCUAGUGUUGAUUAGGAGUUGAUCUUCCUUUGCUUUACUUUGAAUCUUAUUCCGUACCAUGUCUACUUUCGUUUAUCUUUAAAAUAAUUAUUAUUUUGAUCACGCUCUUCCGGAUACGUCGCGGAAGCCAAGGAAAACGAAACGCUGUGUUCAUUGUAGCGUCGAUCUCAGCGAAGAGUUGUUUAUGUUUGCCUAGCCUUAAGAAAUGAAAUAUACUCCGUGACCUGGAUUGA